AUGGAGAGAAAAGAAGAACAAAAUCGUUCUUUUGCAGAAAUCGAUAAUUGUUCAAAGGAUCACGAGUUCCACGAGUUUCUCAAAACACUCGAACAACAAAUCAGUUGGGAUGGCGUCAGAUUCGUUAAAUACCAAGGCUUUUGGUGUGCGUUGUAUUUAUUCCGACAAAUAUUGUCGGCUCAAAAGCACUUCAAAGCAAAGGAUUCUCAUAUAAUAUUGGCAAGCCUACCUAAAUCAGGAACCACCUGGCUGAAAUCCCUCACUUUUUCCAUAGUCAAUCGCAAUAUUUACCCUAAUCAUGAAGAAAGCCCUUUAUUCACUUGCCAUACUCCCCAUCUUUUUCCUAACCUCGAAUUCGAUCUUUAUUGGGAACAAGAAAAUCCCAAUCUCCAAAACAUUCAAAAUUUCUCGACUCACGUGCCUUUCCAUAGCCUCCCCAAGUCCAUCAUUGAAUCCGAAUGUAGGAUUAUCUACAUUUCCAGAAACCCUUUGGAUAUGUUCAUCUCAUAUCGCCAUUUCUCACUUGAAAACAAGUUCGUAAAAGAUGCAACCCCAUUCGAGUUGGACGAGGCUUUCGACAUGUUUUGCAGGGGAAUUCAUAUUAUGGGGCCCUUUUGGGACCAUGUGCUUGGAUUCUGGAAUGCCCAUUUGGAGAAUCCUCGUAAAGUGUUGUUUCUAAAGUACGAGGAUUUAAAAGAGGAUGUCACUUUCAAUGUGAAGAAAAUUGCCGAGUUUCUUGGGUGCCCUUUCUCGCCGGAGGAAGAAGAACAAGGCGUGGUUGAAGAAAUCACAAAGCUAUGCAGCUUUGAGAAUUUGAAGAAGUUGGAGGUGAACAAGAAUGGACAUGUUUAUGGUAUUGUGAAGAAAAGUUCGUACUUUAGGAAGGGAGAAGUUGGAGACUGGAUCAAUUAUCUCACUCCCGCCAUGGCUGAACGCAUGGAUAAGCUCAUUGAGACCAAGUUCAAGGACUCUGGUCUAGUCUUCAAUACACAAAGCAAGGUCGUGAAGAAUUAA